AGUUACCAAGCUCGGUGAAGGAGACAAGUUCCCACAGCCGGCUCGGCUCGGCGAGGGCUCGCCCACCUUCCCUGCAGCUGCCGUGUGCCCUGAUUGUAUUCCUCUUCCCUCGUGGAGAGGAACGGACUCACUUGGCUGCGGAAAAUGCCAAUAAUCUGGAUGCAACCGUGAAAGGAGAACGUGUGGCUCGGAGAGGCAGAAGACGAUGAGGAAAAGCUUUAUUUGAAGAGAAGAAUAAACCAGCUACCCCAACCCUUUCUGCAAUUGGCGUUUUACUUCUGGGGUCCAUUUGCUUUUAUCUCCCUCCUCCGCCCCUCCUUUAAGAAAUCUUGACUUGAGGGCCAAGAGACAGCCCCCUACAACUGGGGGACGCUUCUGGGUUGGAAGACCUCUCGGAUGUAGCGUUGGUGGAACACUUAGAUACUCUCCUCUGGAAACGCCACCAUGAAUUCGGUAGCUGGGAAUAAAGAGAGGCUUGCGGUCUCCACCAGGGGCAAGAAAUACGGGGUGAAUGAAGUCUGCUCGCCCACCAAGCCGGCGGCGCCCUUCUCUCCCGAGAGCUGGUACAGGAAAGCCUAUGAGGAGUCGCGCGCCGGGAGCCGGCCCACCCCCGAGGGCGCAGGCUCAGCUCUCGGCUCGUCCGGGACCCCGUCCCCCGGCUCGGGCACCUCGUCCCCGAGCUCUUUCACGGGCUCCCCGGGCCCCGCCUCCCCGGGCAUCGGCACCAGCUCGCCGGGCUCCCUGGGCGGUUCUCCGGGCUUCGGCACGGGCUCCCCGGGCUCGGGCAGCGGCGGCGGCUCCUCCCCCGGCUCGGACCGUGGCGUCUGGUGCGAGAACUGCAACGCCCGCCUGGUGGAGCUGAAGAGGCAGGCUCUGAAGCUGCUCCUCCCCGGGCCUUUCCCCGGCAAGGACCCUGCUUUCUCGGCCGUGAUUCAUGACAAACUCCAGGUCCCCAACACCAUCCGGAAGGCAUGGAAUGACCGGGACAACCGCUGUGACAUCUGUGCCACGCACCUGAACCAGCUGAAGCAGGAGGCCAUCCAGAUGGUGCUGACCUUGGAGCAGGCGGCUGGCAGUGAGCACUAUGAUGCCUCCCCUGGCUCACCCCCACCACUGUCCAGCAUCCCCGCCCUGGUGGGCUCCCGGCACAUGGGUGGACUCCAGCAGCCCAGGGAUUGGGCCUUUGUGCCUGCCGCCUACGCCUCCUCCAACUACACAGGCUUCGUCAACAAGCAUGGCAGCAAACCCAACAGCCUUGGGGUCAGUAAUGGGGCAGAAAAGAAGAGUGGGUCCCCCACCCACCAGGCCAAGGUCAGCCUCCAGAUGGCCACCAGUCCCAGCAAUGGGAACAUCCUCAAUUCAGUGGCCAUCCAGGCUCACCAAUACCUGGACGGCACCUGGUCCCUGUCAAGAACCAAUGGGGUCACCUUGUACCCAUACCAGAUCUCUCAGCUGAUGACAGAGAGUGGCCGGGAGGGGCUGACAGAAGCCGCGCUGAACCGCUACAAUGCAGACAAGCCCUCCGCCAGCAGCGUCCCGGCCUCCCAGGGCUCCUGCGUGGCCAGCGAGACGACCACAGGCACCUCCGUGGCUGCGUCCUUCUUCGCACGAGCUGCCCAGAAGUUGAAUCUGUCUUCUAAAAAGAAGAAACACCGACCUUCCACUUCUUCCAUUGCUGAGCCCCCGCUCUUUGCCACCAGCUUCAGCGGGAUUCUGCAGACGUCCCCUCCCCCAGCCCCUCCCUGUCUGCUGAGAGCCGUCAACAAGGUCAAGGACACCCCAGGCCUGGGCAAGGUGAAAGUCAUGCUUCGCAUUUGCUCCACCCUGGCUCGCGAUAGCUCAGAAUCCAGUUCCUUCUUAAAGGUGGACCCUCGGAAGAAGCAGAUCACCUUGUAUGACCCCCUGACGUGUGGAGGUCAGAAUGCUUUCCAGAAGAGAGGCAGCCAGGUUCCUCCAAAGAUGUUCGCCUUUGAUGCAGUUUUUCCGCAAGACGCUUCUCAGGCUGAAGUGUGCGCUGGGACUGUGGCGGAGGUGAUCCAGUCUGUGGUCAACGGAGCAGAUGGCUGCGUGUUCUGUUUUGGGCAUGCCAAGCUGGGAAAAUCCUAUACGAUGAUCGGGAAGGACGAUUCCAUGCAAAACCUCGGCAUCAUUCCCUGUGCCAUCUCCUGGCUCUUCAAGCUGAUUAACGAACGGAAGGAAAAGACGGGCGCCCGUUUCUCUGUCCGGAUCUCCGCCGUGGAAGUGUGGGGGAAGGAGGAGAACCUGCGGGACCUGCUGUCGGAGGUGGCCACGGGCAGCCUGCAGGACGGCCAGUCCCCGGGCGUGUACCUCUGCGAGGACCCCAUCUGUGGCACACAGCUGCAGAACCAGAGCGAGCUGCGGGCCCCCACCGCAGAGAAGGCGGCCUUUUUCCUGGACGCAGCCAUCGCCUCUCGCCGGAGCCACCAGCAGGACUGUGACGAGGACGCCCACCGCAGCUCACACAUGUUCUUCACGUUGCACAUCUACCAGUACCGGAUGGAGAAGAGCGGCAAGGGCGGAAUGUCUGGAGGUCGCAGCCGCCUGCAUCUCAUAGAUCUCGGCAGCUGUGUGAAAGCUCUUAGCAAAAAUCGGGAAGGAGGCGCAGGGCUGUGCCUGUCACUGUCUGCUCUGGGCAAUGUCAUCCUGGCUCUUGUCAACGGCAGCAAACACAUUCCAUACAAAGAGAGCAAGCUCGCCAUGCUGCUGCGGGAAUCCCUGGGGAACAUGAACUGUCGCACCACCAUGAUCGCUCACAUCUCAGCCGCGGCUGGGAGCUACGCGGAGACCCUCUCCACCAUCCAGAUUGCCUCGAGAGUCUUGAGGAUGAAGAAAAAGAAGACGAAGUACACAUCCAGCUCCUCUGGGGGAGAAAGUUCUUGUGAAGAAGGCAGAAUGCGCAGGCCCACCCAGCUGAGACCCUUCCACACCAGGGCCACGGGGGACCCUGACUUCCCAAUCGCCCACCUGUCCAGUGAUCCCGACUACUCCUCCAGCAGUGAGCAAUCCUGUGACACUGUCAUCUACAUCGGGCCUAAUGGCACAGCCCUCUCUGACAAGGAGCUCACCGACAACGAGGGCCCCCCAGACUUUGUCCCUAUUGUGCCAGCCCUGCAGAAGACCAGGGGCGACAGCCAGGCCACGGAGGCAGGAGAGGCUGCGGCCAACAAAUCAGAAAGGGACUGCUUGAAGUGCAACACGUUUGCUGAGCUGCAGGAGAGGCUGGACUGCAUCGAUGGCAGCGAGGAGCCCAGCGAGUUUCCUUUCGAAGAGCUGCCUGCCCAGUUUGGGGCUGAGCCCCUGAGCAAAUGCCCCCUGUUAAGCCAAGGGGCUGGAGCAAGCCCCCUCUCUGAGUCUGAUAAGGAAGAUAAUGUGUCUGAAGGCCCUCUGACUGAGAGAGAAAGCACAGACCCCCCAGCCUCCAAGAUGCAGAGGAGUCACUCGCCUGUCCCUGCCGCCAUGGCGCCCCCCCACAGCCCCAGCCCUGCCUCGCCCAGGAGCAUCCCGGGCAGCAGCAGCCAGCACGGAGCCACCCAGCUUGUGCACAGUCCCAGCCUCCAGAGCAGCCGGGAGAGCCUGAGCUCCUGUGGCUUCGUGGACGGCAAGCCCAGGCCCAUGGGCUCGCCACGGCUGGGCAUCGCCAGCCUGUCCAAGACCUCAGAGUACAAACCGCCCAGCUCCCCUUCCCAGAGGUGCAAAGUCUACACCCAGAAGGGGGUCCUGCCGUCUCCUGCCCCCCUGAGCAAGGACUCUGGCACAGUAUCUAGUGAGUCCUUACUGCAGCCUGAGGUCCGUACCCCACCAGUUGGAAUGAGCCCCCAGAUUUUGAAGAAAUCCAUGUCUGCUGGGAGUGAAGGGUUCCCAGAAAUCCCCGUCGAUGAUGAGUGUCAGGCAGAAACCCCUCCAGAUCCUAAGAAGGAGAUUCUGAGCACCACGAUGGUGACAGUGCAGCAGCCUCUGGAGCUGAAUGGCGAGGAUGAGCUGGUGUUCACGCUGGUGGAGGAGCUGACCAUCAGCGGAGUCCUGGACAGCGGCCGCCCCACCAGCAUCAUCAGCUUUAACAGCGACUGCUCCGUGCAAGCGGUGGCCUCGGGCUCCCGGCCGGUCAGCAUCAUCAGCAGCAUCAGUGAGGACCUGGAGGGCUACUCCAGCGUGGCUCCCGUCUCCGAGGUCAGCAUCACACAGUUCUUGCCCCUCCCCAAACUCAGCCUGGAGGAGAAGGCCCGGGAGGCAGGGAGCAGGCGUUCCUCCAUCAGCUCCUGGCUCAGCGAGAUGAGCGCAGGCAGUGAGGGCGAGCAGUCCUGCCACAGCUUCAUAGCCCAGACGUGUUUUGGACACGGGGAAGCGAUGGCAGAACCCCCGACUGCGGAGUUUGUCAGCAGUGUCCAGAACACGGCUGUGGUGUGCAGAGAGAAGCCCAAGGCAGGCCCCGACAACUUGCUCAUCUUGUCCGAGAUGGGGGAAGACUCUUUCAACAAAGCGACCCCCAUCAAAGGCUGCAAAAUAUCCACCCUGGGCAAGGCCAUGGUCACAAUCUCCAACAGGGCAAAUCUGAGCAGCUGCGAAGGCUACAUCCCCAUGAAGACCAACAUCACAGUCUACCCCUGCAUCGCCGUGAGCCCCCGGAACAUCCAAGAGCCUGAAGCAGCCAGAGCCACCCCCAAAGCCGCCCAGGCCCAGGAAAGUAAAGAAGCCAGUGCAAAGAAAGAGAUGAAGUUUGAGGACCCCUGGCUAAAACGAGAAGAGGAGGUAAAAACAGAGACUGUUCAGCCUGAUGACAACGAGGGCAUCAGGUACGAGAUGGCCACAGGCCCCACAAAGGGUGAGGCCAGAGCGGAGCAGGAACAGGACAGAAAGCCCAGCCCUGGGGACAAGCUCGGCAGCAGCAGUGGGGACGUGUCAGCCUCGCCGGUGACCGACAACUUCAGGAGGUUUGUGGAUGGGUGUGAGAUGGCCCUGCCGGCUUUGGCUGCCCAGAGCCCUGUGUAUCCCAACAAAAGUGUGAAGUCAAGCAGCCUCCCAAGGGCUUCCCAGAAAGCCGGCAGGCAGGAGGAGCUGGACGGCCUCUUCUAUCACUGCACUGCGGAGACCAACGGGAUCGGCACAGCCACCGGCGCCCAGCCCUCCAAGGCCACCCUGGAUAGGAAGGUGGCUUCCCCCAAGCAUUGUGUCCUGGCUCGGCCCAAAGGGACUCCCCCUCUACCCCCUGUCCGAAAAUCCAGCUUGGACCAGAAGAACCGGGCGAGCCCCCAGCACAGCGCCAGCAGCAGUGGCACCAGCAGCCCCUUGAACCAGCCAGCCCCCUUCCUGGCCGGCUUCCCGGAUGAGCCCAGCAGCAAGAUGAAGGACGCCAGCGGCAGCAGCAAGCUCUUCAGUGCCAAGCUGGAGCAGCUGGCCAGCAGGACCAACUCCCUCGGCAGGACGACGGUCAGCCACUACGAAUGCCUGUCUCUGGAGAGGGCCGAGAGCCUGUCCUCCGUGAGUGCCCGGCUGCAUGCCAAGGACAGCACCAUGCCCCGCGCGGGAAGGAGCCUGGGCCGCAGCGCGGGCGCCUCGCCACCAGGCACCGGGCCCUGCCAGUCGGCUGGGGCAUCGCCCAAGGCCACCCAGUCCAAGAUCUCUGCCGUGAGCAAGCUCCUCCUGGCCAGUCCCAAAGCGCGCAGCCUGUCCACCUCUACCACCAAAACCCUCAGUUUCUCCACCAAGUCUCUGCCCCAGUCGGUGGGCCAGAGCCCCAGCCUGCCCCCCGGCGGGAAGCACAUGUCCUGGUCCACGCAGUCCCUCAGCCGGAACCGAGGCUCGGGACUGGCUUCCAAACUGCCGCUGCGGGCAGUCAACGGGCGCAUCUCCGAGCUGCUGCAGGGCAGCGCGGCCGCCCGGGCCUCGCAGCUGCGGGCCAGGCCAGACUCGGAGGAGCGCAGCGGGGCCCCUGCGGAGGACAAGCCGGCGGCCGCGCACCUGCUGCCGUCGCCCUACAGCAAGAUCACGCCGCCGCGGAAGCCCCACCGCUGCAGCAGCGGCCAUGGCAGCGACAACAGCAGCGUGCUCAGCGGGGAGCUCCCGCCAGCCAUGGGGAAGACCGCCCUGUUCUACCACAGCGGCGGCAGCAGCGGCUACGAGAGCAUGAUGCGGGACAGCGAGGCCACCGGCAGCGCGUCCUCGGCCCAGGACUCCAUGAGCGAGAACAGCAGUUCCGUGGGCGGGCGGUGCCGGAGCCUCAAAGCCCCAAAGAAACGGUCCAAUUCAGGUUCUCAGAGACGGAGGCUCAUCCCAGCCUUGUCCCUCGACACCUCCUCCCCUGUGAGAAAACCAGCCACCAGCUCCGGGGUCCGCUGGGUCGACGGCCCCUUGCGGGGCGCCCAGAGGGGCCUUGGGGAACCUUUCGAGAUUAAGGUUUAUGAAAUUGAUGACGUGGAGCGCCUGCAGCGGCGACGAGGGGGCACCAGCAAGGAGGUCAUGUGCUUCAAUGCUAAACUGAAAAUCCUGGAGCAUCGCCAGCAGAGAAUUGCUGAGGUCCGGGCCAAGUAUGAGUGGCUGAUGAAGGAGCUGGAGACGACCAAACAGUAUCUGAUGCUGGAUCCCAACAAAUGGCUCAGUGAAUUUGACUUGGAGCAGGUUUUGGAGCUGGAUUCCCUGGAGUACCUGGAGGCGCUCGAGUGUGUGACAGAGCGCCUGGAGAGCCGCGUCAACUUCUGCAAGGCGCACCUCAUGAUGAUCACCUGCUUUGACAUCACCUCCAGGCGCCGGUAGAGAGCAGGGCCCGUCAGAGCGGGCUCUCACUCCCCAGGACUUCACAGAGACAUCGUACGCCCCCAGUCGUCUUGGCUGGUGGCAUCGGCUACAAUGAAUGAGGAUGAAGGUUGGUGGCAGGUCUGGAGUGAGCGUUGAGCGGAAGGCGAUUUUUCUUUGAUUUUCUGUAGGAAAGGUGCAAAUGCCAAACACCCCCGGAAGGAGAAAGUGAUGGAAGCCCAAGGGAUGUCGAAGCCCCAGGAGACUGAGAAAGCACUUUGAGGAACUGUAAAGACCUUGUUUGUACAUAAGAACUGCUGGCAAAAGCAGCCUCACUCUUCUCUGGCUUUUGGGAGGAAGGGGGAGGUGGACGUAAGAUUGCUGUGGAAAGUGAACACAAAACAACAACUAAAGGACCCAGAAUGACUGAUUAAGUGCCUUGCAAAUCUUAUUAGCCAAACAUUUAUGUUCAUACUUUUCUCGUGUACAGAUGGUGCUAGUCAAGAUGAAAACAUCAAAACAAAAAAGAAAAUUGCAUUUGUGAAAUGU